AUGCUCGACUCGGCUCCCCAAUACCUGAGCUUGCAUUCGUCGCUGCACGACUCGACGCAGCUCCUUCAGCAGCUUGAAUCAUUUCUCACAACCUUCCACACCGACCUCGAAUCGCUGUCGUCGCAAAUGACGCAUCUCCAGGGCCGCUCCCUGUCGCUGGCUACCCGGCUGCAGAAUCGGCGUGCACUCGAGAACCGACUCAACAAGGUCCUGGGGGGCAUCGCGCUCGAGCCUCAUAUUGUUGAGCUCCUCUUUGCCGACGAACAAGACGCUAAAGGCAUGGCAAGCACCUCGAAGCUGGACCUCAAUGGCUGGAACGAUCUCGUGGCGCGACUCGACCUGUGCUUGCGAGCCUGCAGUGAGGCUGGUGUCCUCCUUGCCGAGGCCCAAUCAGGCUCGGGAAUGCAGUCGCCCAGCCUCAAUGGCGAGGGUGGCCUCCUGGACGCCAAUGUCAAGUCACUCAAGGAGGCCAGGGAGGUGGCCGAGGGAUGCAAGUUCAUGGCCGCCAGCAAGCUUCGGCCGCUCCUGACGAGCAGCUUUGCGCCACUCCGCAACUCGCUCACGACCAAUCUGCCCGUGCUCCAGUCGGUCCUGCUCCGGACUCAUCGGCCCCUCUUUCGGUUUUUGUCCCAGCAUACACCGCGAGUGGCCAUCGAUGUACAGAGAGCAUAUGUAGUCAGCGCAAGACUCUACUUUGAGACGGGUUUUCGCAGAUAUGCGAGAAGCCUGGCCUCCGUCAGAGAUCGAGAAAAGCGAAGUGCAGGCGCAGAAGGGACGAUCGUCGAUGUCGGCAAGUCAGCCAUCUCAUCACUGCUAUCGAACCCCUUGGGAACAAUGAAUUCACUGGCAAAUCAACCGAGCAACGCAAGCCAAGAUCCAUGGCUCGUCGAGCCUGGACGGCUGGACAAUGCCAAGCUGUCCGAUGGUCCGUCCGUCGUGCUGGCGUACCUGGCCGACGAUACCUCCUACAAGGCUCCGCUCGAGGCUCUCUUCCGGUCAUUAUCGCUGGCCCUGCUCGACAAUGCCUCGUCCGAGUAUGCUUUCCUGGCACGUUUCUUUGAGAGCGUCGAUCUCGUCGGAGGUGGUGCAGAGGGGGUCGAAUCGAGCGCCGCUGGCUCCACAACGGCUUCUGGUUCAGGCCGGGGCGCGCGAGCAAAGGGUUCAAAAGAGACGCACGGGAUAACGACAGCCAGACAAGACGAGGAGGAUGAAGGGCCUCUGCCGGAAGAGAGCGCCAGCGCGGCGGGAGACAUGGAAGACGAUGAUGAUGGCAAGACGGAGAUCGGCGAGGAGGGUGGGAAUGUAGUCAGCCUGUCCGAGGUUGAGAAGAGACGGUUGCGGGGAAGAGGAGCCAUCGACGGUCUUUGGAAGCAGAUCAUGGAGCCCGUCAUUGGAACGUACAACUCUUUCUCACAGUCCAUCCUUGCCGCUGGCCCCUCGCUACUGCCACUUCUGACCAUGGUCAAGCUCAACGAUGCUGUUGAAGCCGCUGCCGUGUCUCGUGGCUGCUCCUCGGUUCUCUUGCCCGUCGUGAUGGGCUUCAAGAUGCAGGCAUGGCCCGCUGUGCAGCGCCAAUUCGACGAGUGCAUACAGGGUGUCAAGAAGCUCGCAGAGGGGUCUACUUCCUCUUCUGGCGCUGCUUCUGCCGGCUUGUCAAGCCUGUGGGGCGGUGGCGGAUCUGCUGGCGCGGCAACCAACAGCGGAGGACCCGAGAAGGACGCAGCCAUCAAGAUGAUUGCGACACGCUAUGCAAAGCUCUUCUCGAGCGUCGUCAAGCUAUGUGGGGAAGAUGAGGACGCGAUGCUCUUUGCAAGUCUCAACCGCCUCCGGACAGAGGUGGAAGGACUCAUAAAGACGCAUGCCGACCGGCUCACCGAAAGGCCUCGACGUUUAACAUUCGACAUUGAGUGCCACGAAGCCGUCUUGCGGGCCCUAGAGUCGGGUCCCGCUUCGAUUAGCAUGGCCAAGGUGCAGGCAGAGACAAGUCACUGGCGGGAGGAGCUCGACAAGCGGAAACGCACUUGA